UAACGACAUAUUUCAUGUUAUACUGGGCGAAGUGAUGCAGAUGACAAUGAUAACACCACCCAAUUUCAACCAUGAGUUGCUUUACCUGAACAAGGAAGACCGAUUACUGCGCUGGCUUUUGGUAAAACACAGAGACAUCAAAUAUGGUUUGGAGUUUUUCAAAGAUGAUGGUAAAGGUGAGCUGAGCAAGUUUCAAAGCAACUUAUGUGAAUAUGAGGACGAUGAUGAAUACGAAUGUUAA